AUGGAGAAGGAGCAGAAGGCGGAGGCGGAGCGGGCGGCGGCGGCGGCCGCGCAGAGGUGGGUGAUCGGGGCGGGGUUCUGGGUGCAGGGCUUCCGCCUCUUCCCCUGGCUCGGCGUCAACUUCUUCCUCAAGGACGGCAUGGGCGUCGCCGCCUCCUCGCUGCAGAUCCUCCAGGCCUCCGCCAACCUGCCCAUGGUCGCCAAGCCGCUCCUCGGCCUCCUCUCCGACGCCGUCCCCAUCCGCGGCGGACGACGACUGCCCUACGUCGCCAUCGGCGCUCUCUUGCAGGCGGUUUCAUGGUUAGGAAUUGCGCUGUGGCCGUCUCUUACUCUUCCAGUCCUUACCGUUUUUCUCCUCUUGAGUAACUUUGGUGCAUCAAUAUGUGAGGUUGCCAAUGAUGCCAUUGUAGCGGAGGCUGGGAAGCAAGCGACCUCCUCCUCAGGGGGGCAGCUUCAAUCCUUUGCCUGUAUGUUUGGCUCUUCCGCUGGAGCGUUAGGAAACCUCCUCGGUGGCAUUGCUCUCAGUUACUUUUCUCCCAAGGCCAUGUUUCUGUUUUUUGCAAUCCUUCUCGUGCUCCAGUUCUUCACUACUGUGGCUAUACCUGAGAGCUCUCUCAAACUCCCAAAGGCAGCUACUAAUGCAUCAGUGGUUUCCAGCAUCCGCAAACAAGUCAAAGAGUUGUCAUAUGCACUAUGCAUGCCUGAAAUAUUUUGGUCAAUCAUAUGGUUUUCAGUGUCCUAUGCUGUCAUACCGUUCCUACUUGGGACCAUGUUCUUCUAUCAGACUGAAGUGUUAAGGCUAGAUUCGUCUGUUAUCGGCUUAUCCAAGGUUUUCGGGCAAGUGGCUCUCUUGGUUUGGAGCAUGGCAUACAACAAGUGCUUCAAAGCAAUGCCUGCACGUAAGGUCUUAUCAGCUCUGCAGUUCAUCACAGCGGCCAUAAUGUUAUCAGAUGUGUUAUUUGUUCAGGGAGUAUACAGGAAGAUCGGAAUACCAGACUCCAUAUACACAAUUGUGUUCUCAGGGCUGCUAGAGGGUCUUAUGUUCUUCAAGGUGCUACCCUUCAGUGUUCUUAUCGCAAACCUUUGCCCUUCUGGGUGCGAGGGAUCAGUUAUGGCCUUUGUCAUGUCUGCACUUGCUCUGUCAACUAUUAUCAGCGGAUAUCUUGGUGUUGCGCUUGCUGAAUACAUGGGAGUAUCUGGAGAUGAUUUCUCAGCGUUGCCGGUUUGCUUGUUGAUUGAGGCUGCAUGCACAAUGCUGCCACUAUGUUGCUCAUCAUUGAUCAAGGAGAGGAAAGAGAAAGAGAAGAAACAAGAGUAGAAUCCAUUAAUAGGAUCCAAAGAUGAUGUAUUGGCGCCUUUGAGGCUUUCCCCUCUGUGCAUGUUGGUGCCGUACGGGGUUGCCAAAAGUUCUGUUUCAUGAUGUGAUUAUAGCUGGUAGAAACAACCUAAGAGAGGUUUAGGUUCUUCAUUUUUCAGUGCUCCAAGGCUUCCCAAGAAUCAUCAUAAAAGGCGAGAGCAGAUAUACAUGUGUGCUAUCAUUCUUCUAUAGAUAAAGUAUUAUUCUAGUGUACUAGUUUUUGACUGUUUGUAUCUAGUUGAAAAUCCUGCAUAUCGUGUACUCUCUUUAUGGUCUUUAGUCUGCUGUAGUUACAUUUAUUUGUUCUUGGAUGAGCCACUAUGUUCAUCUUGUACAUUAGAAAUUUAGUAAUUUGGAUGAUAAUGAAUUGUGGAGUAAUGGGUCUCAUUUUGUUGGAUGUCUAUGAAUGUAACCAUAGAAAGCUACCAUGGUAAGCUUUUCUUUGC